CAGAGCCCCCGGCCCCGUGCGCUCCGAGGCGCGCAGCCCCGGCCCGGGGAGCCCCCGCGCCCCGCGGGGAGCCGCAGGCGGCAGCUCGCAGGCCGGCGCCCCGCAGAAGGAAGGGCGCGCGGGCGGCCGGAGGCGGGGAGGCCGGCGCGCCCGGCCCGCGAUGUGAGCGGCGGCGGCUCCCACCUGGCGCCGCACCUGGAGCGCCGCGCUCCGGGGCGGCGGGGAGAAUGCGCGCCGCCCGCAGCCGCCGCGCCCGCCCCUGACCAUGGAGUGCGCCCUCCUGCUCGCCUGCGCCCUCCCCGCCGCCCGCCCGGGCCCGCCGUGGGGUCCGGCGGGGCUGGGGCGCGUGGCCAAGGCGCUCCAGCUGUGCUGCCUCUGCUGCGCGUCGGUCGCCGCAGCCUUAGCCAGUGACAGCAGCGGCGGCCGCGGAUUAAACGUUGAUUAUGUCUUUGUCACGCCGGUAGAAGUGGACUCCAGUGGGUCAUAUAUUUCACACGACAUUUUGCACAACGGCAGGAAAAAGCGAUCGGCGCAGAGUGCCAGGAGCUCCCUGCAUUACCAGUUUUCAGCAUUUGGACAGGAACUACAUUUAGAACUUAAGCCCUCGGCAAUUUUGAGCAGUCACUUUAUUGUCCAGGUACUUGGAAAAGAUGGUGCUUCAGAGACUCGGGAGCCCCCCGUGCAGCGAUGUUUCUAUCAGGGAUUUAUCAGAAAUGACAGCUCCUCCUCUGUCGCCGUGUCUACGUGUGCUGGCUUGUCAGGUCUCAUAAGGACUCAGAAAAAUGAAUUCCUCAUCUCGCCGUUACCUCAGCGCCUGGCCCAGGAGCACAACUACAGCUCACCUGCCGGCCACCAUCCUCACGUACUCUACAAAAGGACAGCUGAGGAGAUGGUCCAGCAUUGCCACGGCUACCCGGGCUCCAGCGGGCGUUGUCCCGGCCACCACCCGAGUCACGUUCCCCACACACCUUGGAGUCAAGAAAGAGAGCAUUUCCGUGGAAGGUUGCAAAAGCAGCAUUUUUGUGGACGACGCAAGAAAUAUGCCCCUAAGCCUCCCACAGAGGACACCUAUCUCAGGUUCGAUGAAUACGGGAGUGCGGGGCGGCCCAGAAGGUCAGCUGGGAAGUCACAAAAGGGCCUAAACGUGGAAACCCUUGUGGUAGCGGACAAGAAGAUGGUGGAAAAGCACGGCAAGGCCAACGUCACCACGUACAUUCUGACAGUCAUGAACAUGGUUUCCAGCCUGUUUAAAGAUGGGACCAUUGGAAGUGAUAUAAACAUUGUGUUGGUGAGCCUCAUUCUUCUAGAACAAGAACCUGGAGGAUUAUUGAUCAACCACCACGCAGACCAGUCUCUGAACAGUUUUUGUCAGUGGCAAUCUGCCCUCAUUGGCAAGAAUGGCAAGAGGCAUGACCAUGCCAUCUUACUCACGGGAUUCGAUAUUUGUUCCUGGAAGAAUGAACCGUGUGACACUCUAGGGUUUGCCCCCAUCAGUGGGAUGUGCAGUAAAUACCGCAGCUGUACCAUCAAUGAGGACACAGGACUUGGCCUGGCCUUCACCAUCGCUCAUGAGUCAGGGCACAACUUUGGCAUGAUUCAUGAUGGAGAAGGCAAUCCCUGCAGGAAGGCUGAAGGCAAUAUCAUGUCUCCCACUCUGACGGGAAACAAUGGGGUGUUCUCGUGGUCUUCAUGCAGCCGGCAGUACCUCAAGAAAUUCCUUAGCACACCUCAGGCUGGGUGUCUGGUGGAUGAGCCCAAGCAAACAGGACAGUAUAAAUAUCCGGACAAACUGCCGGGACAGAUUUAUGAUGCUGACACACAGUGCAAGUGGCAAUUUGGAGCAAAAGCCAAGUUAUGCAGCCUUGGGUUUGUGAAGGACAUCUGCAAAUCACUCUGGUGCCACCGAGUGGGCCACAGGUGUGAGACCAAGUUUAUGCCAGCGGCGGAAGGGACCUUGUGUGGCUUGAGUAUGUGGUGUCGGCAAGGCCAGUGUGUAAAGUUUGGGGAGCGCGGGCCCCGGCCUGUCCAUGGCCAGUGGUCCGCCUGGUCCAAGUGGUCCGAGUGUUCCCGAACUUGUGGCGGAGGAGUCAAGUACCAGGAGAGACACUGCAACGACCCCAAACCUCAGUAUGGCGGCAAGUUCUGUCCGGGUUCUAGCCGUAUAUAUCAGCUGUGCAAUAUUAACCCUUGUAAUGAAAACAGCUUGGAUUUUCGAGCCCAGCAGUGUGCAGAAUACAACAGCAAACCUUUCCGUGGAUGGUUCUACCAGUGGAAACCCUAUACGAAAGUGGAAGAGGAAGAUCGAUGUAAACUGUACUGCAAGGCUGAGAACUUUGAGUUUUUUUUCGCAAUGUCUGGCAAGGUGAAAGACGGAACUCUUUGCUCCCCAAACAAGAAUGAUGUUUGUAUUGAUGGGAUUUGUGAACCAGUGGGAUGUGAUCAUGAACUUGGCUCUAAGGCAGUUUCAGAUGCAUGUGGUGUUUGCAAAGGUGACAACUCGACUUGCAAGUUUUAUAAAGGCCUGUAUCUCAACCAGCAUAAAGCAAAUGAAUAUUACCCGGUGGUCAUUGUCCCGGCGGGGGCCCGAAGCAUUGAAGUCCGAGAACUGCAGAUCUCCUCCAGUUACCUUGCCAUCCGGAGCCUCAGUCACAAGUACUACCUCACGGGGGGCUGGAGCAUCGACUGGCCCGGGGAGUUCACCUUCGCCGGGACAGUGUUUGAAUACCAGCGGGCGUUUAACCGCCCAGAGCGUCUGUCUGCACCAGGGCCCACAAAUGAGACAUUGGUCUUUGAGAUUCUGAUGCAAGGCAAAAAUCCAGGGAUUGCUUGGAAGUAUGUACUUCCCAAGGUCAUGAAUGGAACUCAGCCAGCCUCAAAGAGACACGUCCACGUCUGGAGCACCGUGCAGUCAGAUUGCUCCGUCUCCUGUGGUGGGGGUUACGUAAGUGUCAAGGCCAUUUGCUUACGAGAUCAAAAUACCCAAGUCAAUUCCUCGUUCUGCAGUGCAAGAACCAAGCCAGCCACGGAACCCCAAAUAUGCAGUGCUUUCUCCUGCCCUGCCUAUUGGAAGCCAGGGGAAUGGAGUGCGUGCAGCAGGUCAUGUGCGGGGGGCCAGCAGAGCCGGAAGAUCCAGUGUGUGCAGAAGAAGCCCUUCCAAAAGGAGGAGGCGGUGCUGCAUUCUCUCUGCCCCGUGAGCACACCCACUCAGGUUCAAGUCUGCAACACCCACACCUGCCCUCCAGGCUGGAGCCUUGGGCCCUGGUCCCAGUGUUCCAAGACCUGUGGGCGAGGGGUGAGGAAACGGGAAGUCCUGUGCAAAAGUCGUGCCGCGGCUGAGGCUCUCCCUGAGAAGCUGUGCUCCAGCACCCCGAGGCCAGAGUCACAGGAGGGCUGCGUCCUAGGACGAUGCCCCAAAAACAACCGACUGCAGUGGGCCGUGUCUUCGUGGAGUGAGUGUUCAGCGACCUGUGGUUUGGGCACGAGGAAGAGGGACGUGAAAUGCAGUGAGAAGGCCUCCCAGGGAAAGCUGGUAACCUUCCUGGAGCGGAGAUGCCGCAAUAUUAAGAAACCAAACCUGGACAUGGAAGAAACCUGCAACCGAGGGCCUUGUCCUGCCCGUCCAGUGCACCAUACAAAUACGGCGACUGGAUGGUACCCGUCGCCUUGGCAACAGUGCACCGUGACCUGUGGAGGAGGGGUCCAGACCCGAACAGUCCACUGUCUUCAGCAAGGCCGGCCUUCCUCCAGUUGUCUGCUCCGUCAGAAACCUCCGGUGCUACGAGCCUGUAAUACCAACUUCUGUCCAGCUCCUGAGAAGAGAGAGGAUCCAUCCUGUAUAGAUUUCUUCACCUGGUGUCACCUGGUUCCUCACCACGGAGUCUGCAACCACAAAUUCUACGGUAAGCAGUGCUGCAGGUCAUGCACAAGGAAGAACUGAUCCUAAGGCCUCGUCCAACACCUCGGGCCCAGGGUCUCACCGCUCAGCCUCUGGAGAGACCAGCGGCCUUUCAGACCAAACGCUGACCUCUGCAAGCCCCUGGGAGGAGGCGCCUCGGAAGCAUAUGGUCCUCGGAAGCACUUGAACAUGGGAAGUGAUGACACGUCUGACUUCUAAAACACAAAAACCCGAAAGACAACUUGGCUUUGCACUGUUUCACAAAAGAAGUGAUGAGUCCCCCUGAGCUAUGUCAAAUCUCGAUUUUGACCAAGUGAGAAUCUUCUCAACUCUGCGACAGAGUCCCCUGUGAACUUCAAAAGGUCCUAUGGCAGACAUCUGUUUUGAAAAGGUCCUUUAAGACUUCAGGUCAAAGACUGAGACUUGGGACAGUCAGAUGCAGCUGGAACCCCUUGCCCAACUGUUAUUUGGUGCUCACAGUUUGACUGCAACUAUGGACAUCCCCAACCAGGAGUCAUAUGGUGCUUAUGAUUGUGCUUGCUGCUGGACUGGCAAGCUUCAUGUUAUGUUUAUUUAGGGUGUGCGUGUUGUUUUUAUUUUUUUGUUUAUAGUCUGCUUAUAGAGAGUCUCCAAGACUAAAAUUCACAACUUGAAAAGUAUUCCAAGGAAUAUUCCAAAAAUAGGGCAAUGCAGACGGUUUAAAGUCUCCGUUUAACUGACAUUCAUACUCUGAAAAACACAAACUCAUAAAGGCCAAUAUCUGACACCCUGCACAUUACAGAGCCACCUCAUACUUUCUGGUGCUAACUGAACAAGCACACAGGAGCCUUGCGGCUGCUCUGGGGGAAUCGGAAUUGGUGUGACAUGUUCGUUUCCAGUAAAAAUCUAGGAGCUAAAUAGCAAAAGAACAAUGUUUUUUGAAGGCGAGGAGACCAUCAUCUAUAAUGCUCCCUACUUAUUAUCUGAGCUGCUUGGAAAAUUAAAGGCCACUUGUGGUUUUUUCCUACCAACUGACAUGUUUGACUUUGUGCUAGGAUUUAGUUAACAAGAGAAAAGUCACAGCAGCAAUAGAAAAAUCCAUCUGUCUUCUUGCUAUGUUAAUAUUAAUAAAUCAUCAUAUGCCAAGACCCUUCAGUGAACAAGUAUUUUAUAGUCUUCAGAAGCCAGCUGUGGGUAGGCAUUAAUGAGCUUGAAAUUGUUCAAAUUGGAAAAACACCACACUGUUUUGCCAAAACCAAAGGCACUUCCGUGACUGUGUCCCUCCAUAAUUUUUUUGAGAUGUGGUUAACAGGGCAUCUUUAUAUAAUUCUAUUCAAUUCUUCAAUUUCUUUGAUGAAUGGAACCUAAUUUUAUUGCUUUAAAAAGUCUCAAUUCGAACAGGGAUUUGCCAGCUCAGCACAACCACCCAGACAGUGGUUUGUUAAAUUUAGGGCAUCUUUGUUCCCAUUCUAAUUGAAAUCACGAAUUCUCAAAUCUCAGAGAAUAGUCCCUCAAUUAGCGUGGCAUGGCCUAGAGUGGUGGUCAUUUUGGCAUCAGAAAAGACUCAUUGCACAUCACCACUUCCUUGCCCUCUGAAAACCUGCAAGCUAUUUGUUACUUUAAUUAUCAUUUAUUUUAUGGAAAAAUUAAUUUAUUAAUAGCCUAUUAUGUGUUCUCACUUGCUUCUCCAAGUAAGUGAAAUUAAUUGAGGAGAAAUGUUGAAUAAAACCAUGGGUUACAGAGAAAAGUCAAAAUAUAUGUGUAAUAUUUAAUUAUUUUAUAAGUUUUAUAAUAAAGUGUUCUGUUUAUCUUGGAAACUUGUUAAGUUCUUAAAUAAGUGAGAAGUCAGUUAUUUCCCAGGUGAUUUAACUAUACAAAGGUUAAGACUCUUAAUUUCUCUAUGAAAAGUUGGGAGAAGGUAAAAUAUUCAUCAAUUAAUUUUUCUUAUUUCAUUUUCUUACUAUGUAUGAGAAAAUCAGAAACCAUCAAAUGCUGGUAUGAAAUAGAUGACAUAUUUACCAUCUUAUGGAAAUAGUUAUUUUUUUCAUUCAUUUAUGGAAAUCAUCUAAGAUAAACUACCCAUGAUUGUAGUUGUUUUUCUUUUUCUCUUUUCCAUUUAAAGGCUUUCUGGUAAAAAGGAAGGAGGGGAAGGAGGAAAAAUCUAAUGAAUUAAAAAGCAAUUGUUCUCAGGUUUUCCAAAUUUUCAAUCAUCAGACCAGUGGAAAACAAACUAUCUGGGCAAAGUAAAUCCAAUGGACCUGAAUAUUCAGUAUUUCUCCCUGAAUAUGUGAUUAUAUGUAUACAUUUUUAUGUAUAAGUUAUGCAUGCAUAUCUUUAAAAUAUGUUAUUAUAGGAUUUUAUA